AUGAAUCCCCACCUAUGCUUAGGUUUAUUGUGCGUCGUGCUUGUAGCACAAACGUCUGCCUCUGUGGUAUACAGGUCAGGCUAUGGUGGAAGGAAGAGCGGAUAUGGUAAUGAAGAAAACGAUUAUGGCGGCAGUGAUGGAAACGGAUACAGAGAAAACGGUGGAAACAGAGAAUACGGAGAUAACGGCAAUGGAUAUAAUGGUGGAAAUGGUGGAUAUGGAGGGAAAGGUUACGGGGAAAAUGUUGGAAACGGAGGAUACGGGGAUAACGGCAACGGAAAUAAUGGUGGAUAUGAGAAUAACGGGUAUGGCAACAAUGGCAGAAAGGAUGGAUAUGGUGAAAACGGUUACGGGGACAAUGGUGGAAAUGGAGGAAAAGGUUACAACGGGCAUGAAAAUAAUGGUGAAAAUGGUGGAAAUGGCGAAACCGGUGGCAAUGAUGAAUACGGUUACGGAAAUGGAUAUGGCGAAAAUGGUGGUAAUGGUGGUAAUGGUGAAAAUGGCGAGAAAUAUGAAGUAGAUGCUUAUAACGGAGAAGGAGAAAAUAAUGGUGAUAAUGGAAAAGGAUACAGCGAGGGAUAUGGCGUGAAAACGUCUUUCUACGGACAGAAAUACCCAUCCUUUGGUGGAGAGAAUGAUGGAGGAUAUCCCAUAAAAUCCAACAAAAAUAAAGGUCGAGGUGGCAAAGGUGGUAGUCGAUUUGGAAAAGGUAGUGGAAGAAGUGGAAGAAAGGGAAGAAAGGGAGGCAAAUAUUACUAUAACAAUAACAACGGAAAAUUCGGUAGUGGAAAUGGAGUAUACGGUGGAUAG